GCCAGUCGUGCGACAUCCGUCACUUACGGCCGGAGCGGUUCGUGCUGGGAGUUGGUGGCUCGGUGCAGGGCUCUUAGGAACGAACGGCUUGGGCGCGGGUAAUCAGCUCCCUUACCCGGUUUUCCCACUUAUUCUAGAUACGUGGGACUACCGCAGAGCUUCCGGACCUGAUGCGGGCGCCGGGUCAUGGACUGUCCCACCUGGUUGCUCUACUGCUCGGGGUGCUCCCGCGCCCAGACUAGUACCCGGGGACUGUGACUUGCAGGGUCCGCCAUGGAGCCGGAGCAGAUGCUGGAGGGACAGACGCAGGUUGCAGAAAAUCCUCACUCUGAGUACGGUCUCACAGACAACGUCGAGAGGAUAGUAGAAAAUGAGAAGAUUAAUGCAGAAAAGUCAUCAAAACAGAAGGUGGAUCUACAGUCUUUGCCAACUCGUGCCUACCUGGAUCAGACUGUUGUGCCUAUCUUAUUACAGGGACUUGCUGUGCUUGCAAAGGAAAGACCACCAAAUCCCAUUGAAUUUCUAGCAUCUUAUCUUUUAAAAAACAAGGCACAGUUUGAAGAUCGAAACUGACUUAUUGGAAAGAACAGAAAAAUUUGGUUGCUACUGUAGAUUUACAUGAUUAAGAGGCAGUUUUAAUUGCCAUGAUUAUUUUCCCUUUUUGGAGUAUAAGAAUCUUCAGGACAACAGAACUUAUUUCCGGAGUUGCAGAAGAGAACACAUUUCCCUUAUUUUCAUUUAAUCAUCAUACUUAUUUAAUAAGCAUAUUCUGUGCAAUUUUUUCUCAGAUGUCUUUAACUUUGUUUUUAAAAUGACCUUGAAAAUAAACUGUCAAAACACCAUUA